AUGACCUUUGGCUCUCAAGUGAAACUGAACUCAUUUGCUUAUAUUCAUCUGACUGAACUGGCUAAAAAUUAUGGAUCAGUUUUCAGCUUUAAAUGUGGUCAAUUCGAUGUGGUUGUGAUCAAUGAGGUGAAAGCCAUUGAAGAAGCUUUUAAGAAUGAAUUGGCUUGUCCGAAUACAUCUUUCAUUCCAGAAUUUGAACCUUCAUUUCUUGAUAUGUCUGGUGAACCUUGGAGACUGCAGAGACGAGUUGCUCUGACAAUACUUCGCAAUGUUGGUCUUGGAAAAAGUACACUCGAAGGCAAGAUCAAAGAAGAGAUUGGUUUUUUUAUUGAAUCUAUAAAAUCAACUCAUGGUGCAAAAGUUGAUUUCAAUGAGUUCAUUGGAUUGAGUGUUGCAAAUAACGUCUCAAUCCUUAUGUUUGGACAUCGAUUUGAAUAUAAUGAUCCCAUUGCGAUUGAAAUGAUACACAAUACGAAGCAAGUCAGUGAAAAUAUUGAAUACUUCAAUAAAUUUUUAUUUAUGCCUUCAAUAACUUCUUUAGUUUCCUUGGCUGCCCGAUUCAGCUCUGAUUACAACAAAACAAAUGGGACAAAAGUAGUAAAAUCACAAAAUUUCAUGACGUUUAGUGGAGGCAAAAGGAUAUGUCCAGGUGCAACUUUGGCUUUAAUUGAGUUGUUUUUUUAUUUGGUUUCAAUUGUGCAAAAUUUCCGAGUCUCAGCUCCAGAAUAAUGAUGUAUAGUUCAGAUGUAUGAUCA